GGCCCCACAUAAUAAAUAACAGAUUUUUUAAAUCAUUUUCGGAUACGAAUAGUGCAAAUCUGGAUAUUUUUUAAACUAAUCUGUGUCCAAGUAUUCAAUAAAUAAAAGGAAAAAAUCCCGAACACCCCCAAAUGGAAGUAGAAGUAAAGCUCCGGCUCGCCUCCUUCGCCGCUCACGAACGCCUCUCCGCCGUCCUCUCCCCCUUCCACCGCCGCACUCACUUCCAGCAAAACCUCUUCUUCGACGGUUCCAACGCCGAGCUCUCCUCCGCCCUCGCCGUCCUCCGCCUCCGCUUCUACGACCUCGACUCCCGCUGCGUCCUCUCCCUCAAAUCCAAACCCCGCAUUUCCGGCGGCAUCAGCCGCAUCGAGGAGCAGGAGGAACCGAUCGACCCCACCUUCGGCCGCCACUGCACCGCCGAGCCGCGCUACCUCUUCCAGAUCGAGUCUUCCGACAUUAUGAGGCGAGUGAGGGAUGAAUUCGGUAUUGGGGACAACGGUUUAGUCUGUUUGGGAGGGUUUAGGAACGUAAGAGGGGUUUACGAGUGGAAUGGGCUGAGAUUGGAGGUCGAUGAGACGGAUUAUGGAUUCGGGACAUGUUACGAGGUCGAGUGCGAGAGCUCGGAGCCUGAGAGGGCCAAGGAUUUGAUAGAGGAGCUGUUGAGGAGCAAUGGUGUUGAGUAUAGGUAUUCUACUGUCUCUAAAUUCGUCAUCUUUCGGGCAGGGAAUUUGCCUGAUUGAGUAAUAUGGUUUGUUCAUUUAUCUUCUUCAAUUGACGUCUUGGCGAGAUUGUGAACGAAUUCAUCUUAUGUGAGUUUCCUAUGCUACUUACAACGAAUCACGUCGACAGGAAAGCACCAUUAAUCGUUCAGUGUUCUUGAAAAUCCCAUAUGCAUGCUUAGCAUUUGAGGAAGAAUGGAUCACAUGAGCACGAUAUCAAAAUAGUGAUAUCUAUCAUACCUUUCUACCAUGCCGCACACAAUCUGUCAUCUGUAUUGUUCCAAUUACCCAAAUUGAAAUAACACAUGCACUUCUUGAAGUACGCAUGACAAAUAUGAUUUUAAUCCCGUGUCUAGACGCUUGGCUUGGCAUCAAUCUCAUGCAGCAAUCACUUUAUUCUCCAAUUGUUUUAUGGGUCGCUAUACACACGGGAAACAUGCAAGUUUGUUGCUUAUAAUAAUGUGUAAUAUGUAUUGCAUUACUUAUAAUCUAUUUGUAAUAUAUAGUCAUACCAUUAUUUUAAUCUCGAUAAAUUUUUGUAUUUCAUUUUUGCUUAGAAGCAUAUAAAUAUUCGAAUUUGAGGAAGCAUGCUGUGCAAUUCGCCUUAGGUUGGUGAUCUCACGCCCAGCACUGUCUGUGCAGUCGAAAACAUUUCUUCGGAUUUGUGAGGGUGUUGAAGUUGUUUUCUUUUGUAUAUUUCCUUUAGAUGUGUUGGAGACUAGAGGACGGCAUUGUUCCUUAAUGGAGCUUAUGGUCUGAGAUAUGAAGUAAGGUUUGAAGAGAAUAUGGUGGUGGCUGAUAUUAUGGGAUUAGUCAGAAACAUAGAAGUUAGAUUUACUAAAAGUUUGACAUGUAAGGUGUUAGAUAAAAUAACAAUUGCAUUCUCAGUCGUCCAUAACAAUUAUUCCAAAAUGUUUGAAGCUUUUGCAAUGUGGAUUAGUUAGAUAUGGAAGGAAUAAAUCUACAGUCUCUCUCUAGCCACUUUGUUUUUCCUUCUCUCUAUCCUCCCAGAGUAAAAGCAAAAGCCUUCUCCUCUCUUCUUGUCUUUCUGUCCACCUCCCAACCAGUCCAGCUUUAGGAUGGGACCAGCCUAUUGGUUGAGAUUGAUGAUUUGCUAUUGUUGGUCUCCCCCCUUUCUUCAAUUGUUUACUUUGGCCUGGCUGAGGUUCUGACCCUUUAUUAGAUCUGAUUAGCCGACUUGGGAUGUGGGUGAAGUGUUCAAGUGUGACAGUGGGUGAUCUAUGGAUCUUUUUCUGCUUUAGGAUUGAGUGGCUUGCUCGUGCUUAAGACUGAUGAUGGCUUUGGUGGUUUAUGCUGGCAAAUACUUAGGUGUGCCAGGGCCUUUCGUGAAAUACAGCUCCUUCAAAAG